AUGGCAUUGCGCGGGCACCUCAAAAGUCUCCCGUAUUUAGUACCCAGGCUGGCAACCUACUCUGUGCGUUCACGAUCAGCCAUUCCGAGAUAUCCGAUUCCGGUGACGCGGAAGUCGUCUACUCAAGCUGUGCCGAUACCAGGUCGAUAUACACAUGAAACUAUCGAAGAUCCGCUGACAUUUCCAUCAACUGCAUAUGAUUUAAUUGACCAGAACGUCAAAGUCGAGGAGGAGGAAAUACCUGGCUAUGAAGCUUCGCGAUUUUAUCCCGUCCACAUUGGAGAAGUUUUCCAAGGCCGGUAUCAAGCAGUGACGAAGCUCGGCUAUGGGAGUUCAUCAACAAUAUGGCUCGCUAGAGACUUGCGGUGCAGGGGCAGCAAAUAUGUUGCCCUCAAGGUCUACGUUCAUACCUCACGCAAUCACCGAGAAAUCCCCGUGUACGACAGCCUGUCACCGAUACUCGCGAAAUCGACCAAUCCAGGGCGGGACAAUAUCAGACACCUGUUGGAUUCUUUCGAGAUCAGUGGUCAGGAUGGCCGCCAUAAGGUUCUGGUGAUGCAGCCCGCUCAGAUGAGCCUCCGUGAUUUCAAACAAGUCUUUAGACCAGAUGGAGGAUUCGAUGAGAACUUUGUGAGAGGAGCCAUCCAGGAGCUACUCAAGGCCCUUGAAUUUAUCCAUGAAGAAGCACACUUAGUACACACAGAUAUACACCCAGGAAAUCUGCUGCUCGGUCUAGGUGACGACUCCCAGCUUGAACCAUUGGUAGAUAUAGAGCUCAAGUCACCUGUCUCUCGGAAAAAGGUCGCCGAGGACAGAACUAUAUAUCUCUCACGCUUGAUGCGCCCAAAGCCAGGCCCCAUGCUCUUAUCGGAUUUUGGUGAAGCCAGGACUGGAUCUGGACCCUUUGCAGGCGACAUCAUGCCGAUCCAGUAUCGCGCGCCCGAGGUUAUCAUGUGCAUAGCCUGGAACCGCCCAGUAGAUAUCUGGAGCGUUGGUCUAACAGUAUGGGAUCUUCUUGGUCCGAAUCGAUUAUUCACAGCGAAAGAUGAAGAUGGAGACAUGUACGACGCAGCACACCUUGCAGAGCUUAUAGCGACACUUGGCCCGCCACCGCAGGAAUUUCUGCAACGCAAUGUCGAGAGAGCGGCUGAAUUUUGGGACGAACAAGGCAAGUGGCUUGGAUUGGCACCUAUUCCGAAAAACCGCUCACUAGAAGAGCUUGAGACACGGCUCAAAGAUAGCACGGGCUUCAUUGCAUUUCUGCGACGUGUUUUGACGUGGAUGCCUGAGGAUAGACCUACUGCGAAGGAAUUGCUACAAGAUCCAUGGCUCACGGGAGAGAGCAGGAGCACAUAG